AAUAAGCCCUGAACAGUACGCGAUUAAUCAGGCGAUGUGGUGUUUUUUUCUUUGACCGGAAUGGUUUUAUUUGACACAUGACCAUUGACAUUGACACAAUAUUGACAUUUCUUCAAACCAAAUUCAGCAAUGUGAAAGAUUUUGCAUUAAAUUCUUAGUCAAAUUAUUUUUGUUGUAUACAUAAUGUACAAAGGCUUCACAAGAAUAUUGGCUCUUUAUUGUACAGAAAAGGCACAGUCAUGUGUUUCUCCAUUUAUAAGAACAAAUGUGUUAUGCACUCGGAACGGGAAGUUGGGUUGUAUAGGUUAUGUUUUUAAGAGGACUAAAAAACACGACCGCGGCGGGCCUUCCGCUUUAUUUGUGCCUGUGCCGGUGAAGCCGAAUCCUGAUGACAUGAACAUAGGCGAGGAGUUCACGGGACGAUUGAAAAAACAAGAUUUACUAAAGAUUUUGAACCGGUUUUAUCAAAAGCCAGAAAUACGCGUUUUAGCGUCUGAGAAUGGCUUGGAUGACCAGUUAUUGCAUCAGGCAUUCCUUUCCUUCAGAAGACAUUGUUUAGAACAUGAUCUGCCGCCUGAUUUACACAUAACUAUAAGUGAUAUAAUCCAAGGUGCUGGGCACGUAGAUGACUUGUUCCCCUAUUUUCUCCGCCAUGCUAGAUUAGCCUUCCCACAUUUAGACUGUUUAGAUGACUUGAAGAAAAUAUCUGACUUGAGAACUCCGGCAAACUGGUAUCCUCAAGCUCGGAGUAUGAACAGAAAGAUAGUAUUCCACGCCGGUCCAACCAACUCCGGAAAGACAUACCACGCCAUGGAAAGGUUCCUUGAAGCAAAGUCUGGCGUGUACUGCGGUCCGCUCAAACUGUUGGCCACCGAGAUAUACCAUAAAUCUAAUAAGAGGGGCACACCCUGUGACCUUAUAACUGGUGAGGAGCGCCGGCACGCCAGCCAGAGCAGCUCCCUCAUUGAGUCAGACCUAGAAUCUACCUUGGACAACUCGGACACACUUGUAGAGAUUGAGACUGAGUUAACACCAUCCAGCCACACCGCCUGCACUGUGGAGAUGACUUCACUCAAUAAUACUUAUGAAGUAGCAAUAAUUGACGAAAUACAAAUGAUCGGAGACAGAGGGCGCGGGUGGGCAUGGACGAGAGCGAUUUUAGGAUUACAAGCAGAUGAGAUACACUUGUGUGGCGAAGCCGGCGCGAUUAAUCUAGUCGAAGAGAUAUGCAACACGACGGGUGAAGAGUUAGAGGUGCGAACCUACAAAAGACUAACGGAGCUCAAAGUAGAGGACUGCGCUCUAGCGUCGCUCGACAACGUCAAGCCUGGGGACUGUAUAGUGUGCUUCAACAAAAACGACAUCUACAGCGUGAGCCGGGCCAUUGAACAGAGGGGGCAUGAAGUAGCAGUUAUAUACGGAAGCUUACCACCCGGCACUAAGCUGGCCCAAGCCAAUAAGUUCAACGACCCAGACAGCGCAUGCAAAGUUAUGGUGGCCACGGACGCCAUAGGACUUGGAAUCAACUUGAGCAUAAGAAGGAUAAUUUUCUACUCCCUAAUAAAACCGGUAAUAAACGAAGAUGGCGAUAAAGAAAUGGAUGUCAUAAGUAUAUCACAGGCUUUACAAAUCGCAGGUCGCGCCGGUCGCUACGGCAGCGCGUGGGAGACCGGAUACGUGACCGCAUACAGGCCGGAAGACCUGCCAACACUCAAGGAACUACUCAGCAAACCUCCAGAUCCGGUCACUCAAGCCGGUCUCCAUCCCACCUCAGAACAGAUGGAGCUAUAUGCAUACCACCUACCUCACGCAAGUCUUAGCAGUCUCAUGGAUAUUUUCGUCCACCUCUGCACCGUCGACGACUCGCUCUACUUUAUGUGUAACACAGAAGCAUUCAAGUUCCUAGCGGAGAUGAUUCAACACGUUCCUCUACCUCUACGAGCGCGCUACGUGUUUUGUUGCGCGCCCAUUAACAACAAACUGCCUUUCGUGUGCGCCACCUUCCUCAAGAUGGUCCGUCAAUACAGCCGAAACGAGCCAAUCACGAAGAACUGGAUGUCAAACACAGUUGACUGGCCGAUGCCGGCACCAAAGACUAUUAUGGACUUAGUUCAUCUUGAGGCUGUGUUUGAUGUACUUGAACUAUAUUUAUGGUUGAGUUACCGGUUUCCAGAUAUGUUUCCCGACGUGAAGUUAGUCAGAGAAAUGGAGACAGAAUUAGACGCCAUCAUUCAGCAAGGCAUUUUCCAGAUUACCAGGUUACUAAGGAACUCCGAGCAAGUCCUUCGAGAAGACAGCGAGGACGCGGCACACGCGAGACAUAGAAAGCCGAGACCUCACACGAGAGACGAGGGCAAGGGAAAGCUCUCAGAGAUGCUCGUGUCUAAGGGCCUAAUAACACCACAGAUGCUCAAGAAAUUGCAACAAGAAUUAUCAACAGAUAAGAAACCGGACACCGUCAGAGCGAAGCCAAAUAGAAAUAGAAGAAAAUGAGUGGACUUAGUUGUACAAUUUUGUGUUUGUGCUUGACAGAUGUUUUUUUUAUACAUUUGUUUUUCUAUCUUGUCAUAAUCAUAAUCAUAGUUCUUUAUUUGUCAGAAUACAGAAACAUAAGGUCUUAAAUUAUUAUAAACAUUCCUUGUAUUCAGCAUGCAAGCAAACAUAUAAAUUUUUAUUAAAUUUAACCUAAACAAUAAAUAACCUAAUUAUACAGGAUGAUUCAUCAGACGUGAGCAGGAGUAAUCCUGCACACUCAGUAACUGAUAAUUGAUCGAUCACCGUCGUAUUUAGGUGAAACAACCACACUUUUGCCUAUUUUUUAUCUUUUUUGGUGAGGGCAAAUUUAAUUCUCUACAAUCAUGGUCACCCUACAAGACCUAAUUAAUAAACAUAUAACCUCUUUAACCGUAAUGACAGCAUUUUGAUUACGAAGAAAACAAACUGUCAAACUUGAGUGAGAUACGAGCUAUCAAAAGUAACCAGACCGUGAUGACAGUGAUGACAUUCAAUUUGACACAGAAUAUCGGUGCAUGUCGUAUAAAAUUAAUAACUUUUAUUUUCAACAUGACUAGAAAAUUAACGUUAACCUCACUAAUACUGAUACGAAACAGUUGCUUAUAAUUUACGAAAUGCGCAGUGUUAGUCCUGCUCACGUCUCCUGAAUCACCCUGUAUACAAAUAUAGGUACAUGUCAAAAUAAUCGAAUAAAAUCAUCAGGCCACGCCAUAUACUUUAUGUUGUUUGUGUUUAAGUAGAGAACCAAAUGCAUUAGAAUCAUUUGUCCAGCACAUAACAAUUGGAAAUACGUGUACAUAGUAGUGGAUCAAUGCUGAAUGAAUGUUUAUUAAAGUGAUGUAAUGUUA